ACGAAGCGUAGAUAGCGCAGAUCUUUCCAGAAACGUGCCAUGCGUCUCUCGUGUAAUAUGGCGACCGGCAAGGGGUUAGCUAUGGUCCUUGGACCGAAAACCAUCAAUCUGAUCAGUAAUAAUAAGUUAAAUAAAUUAUCCUGCAAUGUCUUGCAACACUGCAAUAUGUGUCGACGACAUUUGGCAACUAUCACAUCAACUGUCAAAAGCUGGAACCGCGAAAAAGCAGAAAAAGAUAAUAUAGGAAGGAUAAUCCAACCAUACAGAUCUAUACAUUUAACUAAUAAAUUGUUGAAACGUAAUUAUUAUGAGAUCUUAGGUGUUUCAAAGAAUGCAUCUGCAAAAGACAUAAAGAAAGCUUAUUAUCAGCUUGCUAAGAAAUAUCAUCCUGAUACAAAUAAAGGAGAUCCAGAUUCCAGUAAAAAGUUUCAGGAGGUUUCUGAGGCUUAUGAAGUAUUGAGUGAUGAUACCAAGAGAAAGGAAUAUGAUACAUGGGGUGCUACCUCUGAACAAAUGGGAAUGGGAGGAAUGGGUCAGGGAGCUAAGAAUUAUGGUCAACAUUGGCAAUAUAGAUCGACUGUCAAUGCAGAAGAGUUGUUUAGAAAAAUAUUUGGCGACGCUGGAUUCCAAAGUGGUACUUUUACAGAUUUUGAUGACUUUGCUGAAACAAAAUAUGGUUUUGGAGCAGCUCAAGAAAUUGUAAUGAAUUUAACUUUUUCCCAAGCUGCCAGAGGUGUGAAUAAGGAUAUUGUCAUAAAUGUAGUGGAUCUUUGUCCAAAGUGUAAUGGUUCACGCUGUGAACCUGGCACCAAGCCGGGAAAGUGCUUUUAUUGCAAUGGUACAGGUAUAGAAACAAUAAGUACAGGUCCUUUUGUGAUGAGUUCGACUUGUCGAUACUGUCAGGGCACAAGAGUACACAUCAAGUUUCCUUGUGAUAACUGCGACGGAAAAGGACAGUCGGUGCAACGUAAGAAAGUAACCGUACCAGUUCCAGCUGGCAUAGAGGACGGCCAGACGAUUCGUUUGGCAGUAGGAAACAAGGAAGUGUUUGUGACAUUCCGCGUGGAAAAGUCGAGGUACUUCCGUCGGGACGGAUCCGACGUACAUACCGACGCAGAAGUCUCGCUCGCGCAAGCGGUACUUGGUGGUACGAUAAGGGUGGAAGGUGUAUACGAGGACCAGACUAUACAAAUAAUACCGGGUACAUCGUCUCACUCGCGUAUCCAUCUAAGCGGCAAAGGCUUGAAAAAGGUCAACGGAAUAGGCUACGGGGAUCAUUAUGUGAACAUUAAGAUAACGGUGCCUAAAAAGUUAACAGAUGAACAACAGGCCUUGUUGCAAGCGUACGCUGAACUCGAAACCGACACUCCUGGCAGUAUACUUGGUGUAACAAAUAAGAUAGAUGGUACAAAACAAUGUUAUACGGGUCCGCUGCACUUGGUAGAAUCUAUACGGUUAGCACUAGGGAAUACAUCUGAUCGGAAAGACCAGUCUUCAUCUUCUGAGCCCGAGCACCCAGGAGACAAACCUAUAAAUAAUAAGUCCGAGCAUGCUACCAAAGAUACGUCGAAUGCCAAUAGAAAAAACGAAACUGACGCUAAAAUGAAACGACAGAAAAUGCCCUAAAGAAUGCUACCAUGAAUUAAAUGCUGUAUGACGCGAUUACGCACUUAAAAGGUGAAUGUGAGCUAAUGAGAUCCUACAGUGCAGGUAUAAGUACAUGAUGUAAUUGAUUAACACUAGAACCGCAGCAAUUUUUUCUCGAACCGUAGAUGGGUUACUUUUGAUCCAACCCGUUUUUUGUAAUUAUCCGUGAGCUUUUCUGAAUUUUAUGAUAUUGUUUAAUUGUUUUAUGACGAAGAAGGCUUCCCAUGAUAAAAAUUCAAAGAAAUGAGAAAGAAAAGAAUAUACAAGUGGGUAAAAAGUGACUCAGCUGCGGUUUUAGCGUUAAUAGUCUAUAAUGUAACCACUUCUAGAAGCAAGUCUUUUGGUCCUAGUUCGUAUUUUCACUGUAGAUAUACAUAGUGUAAACAUCCGGAAAUAAAAAAUAAAAGGAAUUAUAUUUA